AUGGACGAGGAGGCCCAGACUUCUCUCGUCGCGAGGCGGACGCCCUGGCCCGCCGGGCUUCACUGCAUCGAGGAGCAAAGGAAGAAAGAGGAGGAGGAGCGCGAGCAGGAGACGUGGCAUCAGCCGCAGGAGGAACAGCAGCACGCCGACGGGAGGAGAGGUGGGGCAGCCGCCAGUAGGUCCCCAGCUCGAGGAGCUGCUGGAGCAGGACCAUCGCCAGGAGCCGCAGGAGCCCCAGGAGCAGCAGCAGUAGAGGGGCCAGCAGUCGGAGGAACUGCUCGAGCCUCCUCCCCACGGUCUGCCCCAACCGGACUCAAAGAUGAGCUGCUGGCCACCCAAGUCGAGGCCCGUUCCAUCAAAACCCAGCUUGAGGGGGAGGUCGCCUUAAAUGGUCGUCUACGGACUGCGAUAAGCGACCUCUCAGCCUCCUAG